GUGCGUAUACACGACGAACAAGUGAGUCCGACAUAGAUGUGAUUCAUAUUUCCUGCUGUUGUCAGCCCUGAUACAUGGGAUCAUGGUCGACCGUUUGGUGAAUAGUGAGGCCAAUGCCAGGCGCAUCGCAAUGGUCGAAAACUGCUUUGGCGGUUCAGGCCAGCCGUUGGCGGUACCUGGUAGAGUUUUGGUAGGAGAAGGUGUCCUUACAAAGAUGUGCAGAAAGAAGCCCAAACCCAGACAGUUCUUUUUGUUUAACGAUAUAUUGGUUUAUGGGAACAUAGUGAUUAAUAAGAAAAAGUAUAAUAAGCAGCAUAUAAUACCACUGGAGGAAGUGAAGCUCGAGUCUUUAGCUGAUGAGGGUCAAUAUCGUAAUGGAUGGCUCAUUAAGACAGUAACAAAGUCGUUUGCUGUUUAUGCUGCUACUGCAACAGAAAAGCAAGAAUGGAUGGCGCAUAUUACAAAGUGUAUUGAAGAUUUAUUAAGGAAGAGUGGUAAGAAACCUGUUGAAGUUCAUGCAGCAGUUUGGGUACCAGAUAAUGAAGCUACAAUUUGCAUGCAUUGCAAUAAAACACAAUUCACAGUAUUAAACAGACGGCAUCAUUGUAGGCAAUGUGGAGCUGUAGUAUGCGGUCCUUGUAGUAAUAAAAAGUUGAUGCUACCUGGACAAGGAAAUGGAAAAGCAGUCAGAGUGUGCCUACAAUGUUAUGACGCUGCUAGUAAAGUAAAGGCUAGACCGACGGCUACAGUGGAUAGCUUAAAUAACAAAGAUGCACAACGUAAUUCUGCGGAUAGUUCAGGAGGAGAUAGCUCUGGUGACGACGAGGAGGGAAAUAAGGAGGAGAAUCAUGAUGAACCCAAGUUCUAUUCUACUUUGGGUCGAUGAAAAUGACUAUACUUCGACAUCGAAUAGUAUCUUCAAGGAUAUUUCUGAAUGCAGAUGGUAUUGAAUAAUUAUGUUAAUAAAAAUUGCCUAAUGAUAUUAAGCAAUGUAUAUGUUAAAUUGGAAUAAUAUUUAAAUUGAAGUGCAAUGCGGAUAUAUUACGCUAAACUUAACGUUAAAUUUGUUUUAUGAUAAUAAAAGACCAUAUGAUUUAUUAGUAUAAAAAACAACGUUAAAUAUUUCUUUCAUGUCGUAAGAAGUAAUGAAAGUUUAUAACAGCCUUAUAAUAUUGAUCUAUAGAUUUAUAUAGGUUAUAUAUGCACAGUAUAAACAGCAAGUCCAACUAAACACAGUUUUAUCGCCCGUAUGUGUACAUCUUAAAUACAUGUAUAUGCCACAUUGUGCCUUCAUUAUUAUAUUUAUAUUAUUGAUUAGUGUGUAAUGUGUAAGCAGCUGAAGCAAUUAACAAGUAGCAAUUAGUGUAAUAUAUAAAAUACAGUUUUAAGGUAAAAUUUAACUUAAAUAUAUAAAUUUCUAACUAUCCUUUUUGUACAAAGAUAUUGAAAUCGCAUACAGAAUGUAUAAGAAACCAAACAUAUUUAUGAAAAUAAAGCAUUAUUAAAAC